AUGGAUAUCACCAACCCUCCCACUCCCGAACACACGCCCAUACUCACUCUGGGCCAACUUCUUCAACCCGAUUCUCAGCAGCCGGCGGCGGCGGCGACGGUAGCUAAACGUUUCAGGACUUCAGCUGAACGAAAAGCGGAAUUGGAACGGGAUCCAUGGAUAGAUCCCGCGAAGAUAACGCCGAAGAAGGUUCGAUGUUUAGGUUGCGGGAAUGAGGUGAAGUUGGAUAUGAGGGAGGGGUCUGAAUAUUAUCCUGCGCCGUGGAAUAAACAUAAGAAGGCUUGUAGGUAUAUUAAGGAAGGGAGGAGGAAGGCCGAUGAGACUGAGGAUGGGGAGACUCGGAAGGCCUCCGACGCCAUUAUCACUGAUACUACGGUUAACUCGAACCAAAAGGGACCCGUGCUUCCUGCUGGUUGGACUAGAGCGAGUCUAGAGGGGGGAGGGCUAACCUUGAAAACUACGGGGGAUCUCUUGCGGGAGCUAGGUCGACAAGGUCCGAUGAUGUGGGGUAGUCGACCCUCAACUCCCCCCGCUUCAUGA